AUGGCCGACUGCCUUUUGAUGAUGGGUUGUAGCUAUUCGGGUUUGGAUAUGGUUUCAGUAUCGGGUCGUGUCACGAGUUUGAGAUCUCCCGGUCUUGAAUGCAAUUUCACUUGUGCUCACCACACUCUAUUUCUUCCUAGGGUUUAUACAUUUUCUCUAAGAAAGCUGAAAAUGGUGAAGAACUACCCAACCGUCAGCGAGGAGUACCUGAAGGCCGUUGAGAAAUGCAAGAAGAAGCUCAGAGGCCUCAUCGCCGAGAAGAACUGUGCUCCUAUCAUGCUCCGUCUUGCAUGGCACUCUGCUGGUACAUUUGAUGUAUGCAGCAGAACUGGAGGUCCUUUUGGGACCAUGAGGUUCCCUGCUGAGCUGGCUCAUGGAGCCAACAAUGGCCUUGACAUUGCUCUUAGGCUCUUGCAGCCCAUCAGGGAGCAAUUCCCUAUCCUUUCUCAUGCUGAUUUCUAUCAGUUGGCUGGCGUUGUUGCUGUUGAAGUUACUGGAGGACCUGAAGUUCCAUUCCAUCCUGGAAGGCCGGACAAGGCAGAGCCUCCUGUUGAAGGUCGUUUGCCUGAUGCUACCAAGGGAUCUGAUCACUUGAGGGAUGUUUUCAUCAAGCAAAUGGGUUUGAGUGACCAGGAUAUUGUUGCACUCUCUGGUGGCCACACACUGGGACGUUGCCACAAGGAACGAUCUGGAUUUGAGGGACCCUGGACCACAAAUCCCCUCAUCUUUGAUAAUUCUUAUUUCAAGGAGCUUCUCAGUGGAGACAAAGAAGGCCUCCUGCAGUUGCCGUCUGACAAGGCUCUACUCUCUGAUCCUGCCUUCCGCCCACUCGUGGAGAAAUAUGCCGCCGACGAGGAUGCAUUCUUUGCUGAUUACUCUGAGGCUCACCUGAAGCUUUCUGAAUUGGGAUUUGCUGAUGCCUAA